AUGCCGAGAGACAGGAAGAUAGGGGUGGCGUUGGACUUCUCGAACAGCAGCAGGAGCGCUCUCAACUGGACGAUUGAAAACCUGCUGGAUAAGGGCGAUACCCUCUACGUCAUUCACGUCAAAUACGACAAAGGCGACGAGGCCCGACACGUUCUCUGGGCUAACACCGGUUCCCCAACCGCUCUAAUUCCGUUGUCGGAGCUGCUAGACCCUGAGCUGAUGAAAAAGUACGACAUUCAAAUGGCUCCCGAUGUUUUGGAUUUGCUUGAAACCGCUUACACAAAGGAGGCCACCGUGGUAGGGAAAUUGUAUUUGGGUGAUGCAAGAGAUAAACUGUGCUCAGCGGUUGAGGAUCUGAAGCUGGACUCCUUGGUUAUGGGCAGCAGAGGACUAAGCACCAUUAGAAGGAUCUUAUUGGGGAGCGUGACCAAUCACGUGAUUACACAUGCGUCCUGCCCAAUAACCAUCGUGAAAGAGCCCAAGAGCGAGCAUGAAAAGCUGAGAUUGUAUGGAUAUGGUUUCAUAACCAGAUCAGAUGAUGAAGAAACUGAUUCUCUUCAGGCAUCAUUUCUCAAUCCUUGGAGAGGAGAUAUAUAUGAUGGUUCCUCCAUCAUUCCAACUCCAAAAGAUAUGAAUAAGAUUGCAAACAAGAUGCACGCUGGUCAUACUGUGACCGAGCCAAAGGGAUGA